UGACCCACAGACACAGAAGGCAGGAGUGAGGGGAGGCAGAAGUUUUUCCAGUGCCAGGCCCUGUGCCGGGCGCUAGAGACAGGGAGCAGGGAGAUGAACAAGGGCUUAGAGUCUGGGUGGAAGGCAGAGACUGAGACCCCGGCGACAGAGUCGCCACCCAAGGUGACCAGAUCCCUGAUCGAGAGGUCUAGGGGCUGUGGGAGCCAGGGAAGGCAUCUUGACCCAGCCCAGUCCGGGGGACGGUCAGGGCUUUAGGGAAGGAAUGACUUGGUCUGCUUUUUGCGGUUUCCUGGUCCCAGGUCCCAUGUUGGGCAGUGCUUAGGACCCAUCUGGGGAUCCGAUUGACCCCAGCGCUGGGAAGCACAAUUGCGUUGAUCCUGGCUUAGCUCCUGUGUAAGACUGUAAGCCUCUUUGGCUAAACGCUGCUGACAUUCACCUGCCUGCCUCUGCGCAGUCCCUGUGGUCCUCCGGCCACGGCCCCAGAGAACAUCCAGAUCAGAUUCCUGCUUGCUUAUCUCACGUCUUAUCCAUCCAUCCGGGGCUUCGGGAGAGCUGAGGGAUGGGAAGGGCUCGUCACCCCGCCUGGCCCCUCCCUGGUGCGCUGCCAGAGUGCGUGCAGGCACUGGGUUGUAUUCCCCAAGAGCUCUGGGACCAGGCAGGCCUGGGUUCAAGUCCCAGCCCCACCACUCACCUUUGUGGCCUUAGACGAGUAACUUCAGUGCCUUACUUUCCACCAGGACAGAGUGGGAGUGGUAAUAAUAGUAUUGACCUCAGUGGGAAGGCUCUUAAUGCUUUCGUUUUAGAGCCAGAGCAGACCUCAACAGAUGGGUGUAAAGUAGAUGGAAAGGGCUCUGGAGCCAGGCGUUCUUGGGCCCUGGCCUUGGCACUGUCUCUUCCACUUCUGUGACCUUGGACAUGUCACUUCCCUUUUUCCAGGUUCAAUUUCCCUUCAGUCGUCUAAAAAGGAGAGCAAGUUCACAAUUCCCUGAGUAAAUGUAAUCCAUCCGGGCGGCUGCACAGGCCAGGCCCUGUGCUGGGCAUGAGGUCACACAUGGUCUUGGCACAGCAUUGUCCUGUGAGGGCCCAGACGAGGUGCCUGGCCCAGCCUGGGUGAAGAGAGGGAUCUCAAGGCCCCCUCUGUGCAAGCACAAGGGACCCAGACAUGGAGCUGCGGGAAGAAGCCUGGUCUCCGGGGCCGCUGGAUUCUGAGGACCAGCAGAUGGCCAGUCACGAGAACCCAGUGGACAUCCUCAUCAUGGAUGAUGACGACGUUCCCAGCUGGCCUCCCACCAAGCUGUCCCCGCCCCAGUCUGCGCCCCCAGCCGGCCCCCCUCCCCGGCCGCGGCCGCCCGCGCCCUACAUCUGCAACGAGUGUGGCAAGAGCUUUAGCCACUGGUCCAAGCUGACGCGGCACCAGCGCACGCACACCGGCGAGCGGCCCAACGCCUGUGCCGACUGCGGCAAGACCUUCUCGCAGAGCUCGCACCUGGUGCAGCACCGGCGCAUCCACACGGGCGAGAAGCCCUACGCCUGCUUGGAGUGCGGCAAGCGCUUCAGCUGGAGCUCCAACCUCAUGCAGCACCAGCGCAUCCACACGGGCGAGAAGCCCUACACCUGCCCCGACUGCGGCCGCAGCUUCACUCAGAGCAAGAGCCUAGCCAAGCACCGGCGCUCGCACAGCGGCCUCAAGCCCUUCGUGUGCCCGCGCUGCGGCCGCGGCUUCAGCCAGCCCAAGAGCCUCGCGCGUCACCUGCGGCUGCACCCGGAGCUGUCGGGGCCCGGCGUGGCGGCCAAGGUGCUGGCGGCCAGCGUCCGGCGGGCCAAGGGGCCCGAAGAGGCGGUGGCGGCGGACGGCGAGAUCGCCAUCCCGGUGGGCGAUGGCGAGGGCAUCAUCGUGGUGGGCGCGCCGGGCGAGGGGGCCGCGGCCGCGGCAGCCAUGGCGGGCGCGGGGGCCAAGGCCGCGGGGCCCCGGUCGCGGCGCGCCCCGGCCCCCAAGCCGUACGUGUGUCUGGAGUGCGGGAAGGGCUUCGGGCACGGGGCCGGGCUCCUGGCGCACCAGCGGGCCCAGCACGGGGACGGGCUCGGGGCGGCGGGGGGCGAGGAGCCGGCCCACAUCUGCGUGGAGUGCGGGGAGGGCUUUGUGCAGGGCGCCGCGCUCCGGAGACACAAGAAGAUCCACGCGGUGGGCGCGCCCUCGGUCUGCAGCAGCUGCGGACAGAGCUACUACCGGGCUGGCGGGGAGGAGGAGGAGGAGGAGGAUGACGAGGCCGCGGGCGGGCGGUGCCCCGAGUGCCGCGCUGGGGAGGGCCGGUAGGGGCGGGGCCCGAGGGGGGGGCAGGGCCCCUCGGGCUUGGUGGGAACGACGACGUGCAAGACCAAGAGACCCAGGGAGAAGCGGACGGGGUGCGAUGGACCCCGCGGUGUCCCAGGCUCCCCGCCCUCCUCUGCCCCCGCGCCGUGCACUGGGGGGUAUUAGGGCCAGUUCACUUCUCCGCCUCAAGACGCUGCUCCCCUCAGCCUGGCCUGCCCUUCCUAGGUUAUCGGCCUGCGAGCCAGAGACGGACGAUGGAGAGAAGUGUAGGGGCCGAGCGGCGACCAGGCCUCAAGCGGAAGGCCAUUUUCCCUCCUCUUCCUCAGUUGUCCGGGGUGGGGGUGGGGGUGCUGCGAGGAAUGGAGAAACCAGGCCCUUUGCGUUUAGCGGGUCCCAGAGAGGGAAGGGAAAUAGGGGCUCCUUUCUUAGAAUUUUCUUUUAAUCAGCCCACCUUUUGACUCCCCGUCCUCCCCAAUCCAUUAUUUUUUUCUGCCUUCCGGGUCCCAUCCGUUCUUAGAGCUCGAGUCGUUCCUUCCCCUCCUGGAUUCCGGGUAGCAGAGGCGGCCCCUGUGCCCAGCAAAGCCCCGCAGGAGGCGGGUGCUCGUUUGUCCCAGGCCUGGGCGUGGUGGAGGAAGGGGUGCUAGAAUAAUAAAUGGCACUAUCCAAACGUC